CCCCGCCCCGCGCGGCUCUUUCCCCGUGGGCAGCAGCAGGCACAGCCCGGGCACGGGCCGGCGGCGAGGGCAGGGGCGUCGUGGAGCCCACCCCGGGGAGCCCGGGUGAUGGUGUCGCCGGGCUGAGUGCGGGGACACAGCGAGGCCAGGGCCAUGGAGGGGCACGGCCAGGAGGCCUACGAGGAAGGGAUGAGAAGGAGCCUCGACCCUGAGGGAUACGAAGACCACGGCUUAAAAGGAUCCCACCUGUCGCUGGGGGAGAUGAGCAGGGCUGGCGCUGGCACCGGGUCCCCCUUACACGCAUGGAGGGCCAGAGCCGAGGAGCUGACGCCCCUGCGGCAGUAUCUGCCCAGCCGCCGGGGAUGCUAUGACCUGGAUGGGAGGAGGCGUACGGCAGGGGCCCCCCCGGGACGGGUGAGCCGCCGUGGCAGAGGGCAACCUUCGUCGGUGACUGAUGUGGACCUGGAGGCGGCAGGGAGCAGGAGGCCCCUGUCCCGACGGGAGACCCAUGAGGGCUACGUGGAGCUGCAUGAGCUGGUCAUGGACACCACGAAGGAGCUGUGCUGGAUGGAGGCUAGCCACUGGCUCAAGCUGGAGGAGGACUUCAAGGAAGCAGGACACUGGAGCCAGCCCCAUCUCUCCUUCCUGACCUACCGCAGCCUCCUGGAGAUCCAUCGGGCUUUGGCCAAAGGUGCUGUGCUCCUCGACGUGGCAGCCACCUCGCUGGCAGCCGUCGCUCAUGCCCUCAUUGACCAGAUGAUCUACGAGGGGCAGAUCAAGCCGCAGGACCGGGACGACAUCCUGAGGACGCUGCUGCUGCAGCACAAACACCCCAAUGAAACUGAGUCAGUGAGGACUCUGCCACCAGCACAGCUGCAGCGCUCCGCUACCGGCCGGGCAGAGACGGAGCAGCCGCUGCUACGGGAGCAGCAGCCCCUGGAGAUGCGCAGGCUGGCGGGGACCGAGCAGGGGAGCAGCAAACCCCAGCUGCAUGAGAAGAUCCCCGAGGAUGCUGAGGCCACGCUGGUCCUCGUGGGCUGUGCAGCCUUCCUGGAGCAGCCAACGUUGGCCUUUGUGCGCCUGAAGGAUGCUGUGCCCCUGGACGGGGUCCUGGACGUGCCCCUGCCUGUGCGCUUCCUCUUCGUGGUGCUGGGCCCUGACAGUCCCCACAUCAGCUACCACGAGAUCGGCCGUGCCGUGGCCACCAUGAUGUCUGAGAGGGUCUUCCGCCGGGAUGCCUACCUGGCUGCCGGCCGCCGGGAUCUGCUGCAGGGGGUUGAGGACUUCCUGGAGGCCAGCAUCGUCCUGCCGCCCACCGAGACCCCCAACGAGCAGCUCCUCCGCGGGCUGGUGCCGCUGCAGCAGGAGCUGCUCCGCCGCCGCUACCAGCCCCAAGAGAAGGCUGCGGGCGAAGCCUUCAUAAAAGACCUGGGGCUGGAGGAGCCGGUGGCGGAGGACGACGACCCCCUGCGCAGGACGGGGAGGCCUUUUGGGGGGCUGGUGAGGGACAUCCGCCGCCGGUACCCCAAAUACCUCAGCGACAUCAAGGAUGCCCUCAGCCCCCAGUGCCUGGCCGCAGUCAUCUUCAUCUACUUCGCGGCGCUGUCGCCUGCCGUCACCUUUGGGGGCUUGCUGAGUGAGAAGACCAAGGGCAUGAUGGGGGUGUCGGAGCUGCUGGUCUCCACCUGCGUGCAGUGCGUCCUCUUCAGCCUCCUCAGCGCCCAGCCCCUGCUGGUGGUUGGCUUCUCAGGGCCCCUCCUCGUCUUUGAGGAAGCCUUCUACUCGUUCUGCAGUGCCAAUGACAUGGAGUACAUCGUGGGCCGGGUCUGGAUUGGCUUCUGGUUGAUCCUGCUGGUGCUGGUGGUGGUGGCCUGUGAGGGCAGCUUCCUGGUGCGCUACCUGUCCCGCUACACCCAGGAGAUCUUCUCCUUCCUCAUCUCCCUCAUCUUCAUCUUCGAGACCUUCUCCAAGCUCGUCACGAUCUUCAAGGACCACCCACUGCAGCGAAUUUACAACGUGGACACCACGUAUGUGCCCAAGGUGCCAGAGCCCAACACAGCUCUGCUGUCCCUCGUCCUCAUGGCUGGCACCUUCUUCCUGGCCUUCUUCCUCCGCAAGUUCAAGAACAGUGCCUUCCUGCCUGGCAAGGCCCGGCGACUGAUCGGGGACUUUGGGGUGCCCAUCUCCAUCCUCAUCAUGGCUCUGGUGGACUUCUCCAUCCGGGACACCUACACACAGAAACUGAGCGUCCCCAGAGGGCUGGAGGUCACCAACUCAUCUGCCAGGGGUUGGUUUAUCAAUCCCAUGGGGCUGAAACAAACCUUCCCCAUCUGGAUGAUGUUUGCCUCUGUGGUGCCUGCCCUCCUGGUCUUCAUCCUCAUCUUCCUCGAGACGCAGAUCACCACCCUCAUCGUCAGCAAGCCAGAGAGGAAGCUGGUGAAGGGCACCGGCUUCCACCUGGACCUGCUGCUGAUCGUGGCCAUGGGGGGGCUGGCUGCCCUCUUUGGCAUGCCCUGGCUCAGCGCCACCACCGUCCGCACCAUCACCCACGCCAACGCCCUCACCGUCAUGAGCAAGACCUCUGCUCCCGACGGGAAGCCUCAGAUCCUGGAGGUCAAGGAGCAGCGCAUCAGCGGCCUGCUGGUGGCAGUGCUCAUCGGUGUCUCCAUCCUCAUGGAGCCCAUCCUGAAGUACAUCCCCCUGGCCGUGCUCUUUGGCAUCUUCCUCUACAUGGGCGUCACCUCCCUCUUCGGCAUCCAGCUCUUUGACCGCAUCCUGCUCUUGCUGAUGCCACCCAAGUACCACCCCAGCGAGCCCUAUGUCACCCGGGUGAAGACCUGGCGGAUGCAUCUCUUCACCCUGAUCCAGAUCAUAGUCCUCGUGCUGCUGUGGGUGGUGAAGUCCACCCCGGCCUCGCUGGCACUGCCCUUCGUCCUCAUCCUCACCGUGCCCCUGCGGCGCUUCCUGCUGCCCAAGAUCUUCCAGGACAUCGAGCUCAGAUGUCUGGACGCAGAUGACGCCGUGGUGACCUUUGAGGAGGCAGAAGGCACAGAUGUGUACAACGAGGUGCAGAUGCCCAGCUAAGGGCUCACUGCCACCUGCCUGACCCCUGGAUGUCCCCACACCCCCUGGCCCCCACUUCCCCACCAGCUUAUCACUCCACUGCUGCCAUCCUGGGGCCACUGGGUGACAGGGGACAAGGUGGGGACACAGCCCAGAGCCCUGUCCCCACCUGCACACCCCAUGACUGGAGCUUUUUAUUUGUUUUUCUCCUCCCCACCUCCC